AUGUUCGCAGUUCCCCCACACAAGCUGCAAGAAUCGCCCAAUUCGCGGUCCAUCGAGAUCUAUGACUGGUUUAUCACCGCGUCUACCAACCCGAUCUCGAACGCACCUGAAUGCGACGCCCUACAUGCCGACCUAGGGAUUCCCCUGCCUGAAAUGACUUUUGGGAACAACUACCUCACGCUGGAACACCGGCCCUCAGGAUUCUCGUACUCCUUUACUACACCGGGAGCCCUGAACGAUGUAAAGAAAGGCGAACUGGGUGAAGGAGAUGGUGGUGUCAAAGUGGGAUACGCAGAUAAAUGGUUGCAGAGCAGGCAAGCCCUUUUCUCUUGCCUUGGGACCAAUCUAUUAUCUCGUACCGCGCUCAUUUUUGCCACUAAAUUGUAUGAUUGGACUUACACGACCAUCUAUCCUGGCCACCAAACAAACGAUCAGAAGACAGACAACGAUUCUAGCUCAUCUACGAUAAGCUGGAAACCUGCGGACCCAGAAGACCCUUCCAAUACCAUACCAAUGGCUGAACUGACGCGUCCAGACCCUAUUCUUUUCUACGCGGAGAUACCACUCUUCGAAGAUGAACUGCACGACAAUGGAUCAUCUUCCCUCCUCGUUCGAAUAUAA